AAACCUUACAACCGCCAAAAUGGCAGCCAUCGAUUAAUUAGCACCAAAUAUAAUCGGAAUUUUUAACGAUUUCCCAAGAUUUCCGACAUAAUUCCAAGUUGAAGAAUUUUGUUUGAAGACUUGAUGAAAAUGUUCAGAUAGGUCAAAAGUGGAAAUGGCAGAUGGUAAAGAUACUGCCAGAAAACAACUUGAGUCUAGAAUGUCGUCUCAGGAUAAUCCCAGUUCCGUCCCAUCUGUAAGGACUCGAAGUGACUCUAGAGACCGUGGCAGCAGUGAGAUGCCAGUUUUGUCAAGAUCUAACUCAAGAUCAGAAACAUCUCAUGUAAGGUCGGAGUCUAAGGAUAGAGCAUCGGGAUCAUCCCGCAGUGAAUCACGUGAAAGAUCCAAAUCAGAAGCAGGAGCAUCAAAAUCGAAGGACUCUCCGGGGCCGGUGCCCAAAUUAGAAUCUCGAGAAUUGUCGAAAUCGACUAAAUCAGACUCUGUAAAAAGUAAAUCAGAAACUAAAUAUAAAAUUGAAUCUCCUGAUAAAAAGUCAAAAUACUCUGAUGGUGAAAAGAAAACAAAAUCAACGCCUCCAGUGUUAGAAGCUCCGCCUCCAGAGCCAGAACAUAAGGAGCCAAUCAAACUAAAGCUUUCUUUAUCUCAGAUAAGAUCAUACAGUUCAAAGGCAAAUACUCGAGAUGAUUCAGAUUCAGCAACUUCAUUUGAAGACUAUGAGGAACCAGUUGGAAAGAAAAAGACAAAGAAGAAAGAUGGUAGUUCUGGAAAAAAGAAAAGAAGUAAAGAUAAAGACAAGGCCAGAAAGUCGAAAUCUCAGCCUAUGGAUCAGGACUCUCAGCCGCCACCAGAACUUGAAUUGAUGGAGACCGGAGAGGUACCAGUGAUCAACAGUGAUGCAGAAGCCAGUAUGAACACUGACCCAGAUCCCCUUCCUCCACCUGACAUGGAUAUGUCCACUGAUCCAGGUCUUGGGGGCAGUUAUUUGGAUAUGGAGGAUGAUGAACAACAGAGUCAAGAAAUUGGGAAGAUUUGCUCGUUUUGUGCUUGUGGUAUGAAGAGUCUGCUAGGUCAGGGGGAGUUGUGUAGGUAUGAUCCUACUCCAGGCUUCAACCCAUUCAGACAAGCUGCUGCACUCAAAGCUAUGAAAAAAUCAAGUACUGAUGUUGAAGAUAGACCGUCAGACAAAGGCCCUAAACCUUUAACAUCUAGGAGAAAUAGAGGGCCUCUAAAAAGAGAUGCUUUCCGAUCUCCCCGACGUGGUAUUGACGAUGACAUUUGUGAAGGUUUUGAUGAAUUAGCAACUGUUGGAUUUCCCGACGAUACUGAAGUAACUUCUGUCUUUGAACAAUCAGGUCAUACCUGGGCACAUCACUGCUGUGCAGCAUGGUCUGAGGGAGUGAUACAGAAUGAAGAUUGUGUCCUCAAGUUUGUUGACAAAGCUGUCGUAUCAGGGCUUUCUAAACGAUGCAGCUACUGUUCACGGUAUGGUGCUACAAUCAACUGCAGAUAUCCACAUUGCAAUAAAAUAUAUCAUUAUCCAUGUGCUUCUGGUGGUGGUUGCUUCCAGGAUAUAAAGACGCUUUCCUUACUUUGCCCAGAACAUUCUGACGAGGCCCAGACAAUAGCGGGUGACGAGGCAGUCUGUAUAGUGUGUAAUAUUGUUGGUAACAUCUCUGAGCAGUUGUUCUGUACAAGUUGUGGUCAUCAUUACCAUGGAAACUGUUUACAUCCAGCUGUUGAGGUCAAUCCAACAGUACGAGCAGGCUGGCAGUGUCCCGAUUGUAAAAUAUGCCAAAUGUGCAGACAUCCAGGGAAUGAUAGUAAGAUGCUGGUAUGUGAUAUGUGUGAUAAAGGUUACCAUACCUUCUGUCUUAAACCUGUCAUGACGACCAUUCCAAAAAAUGGCUGGAAAUGUAAAAAUUGUCGUAUAUGUGUGGACUGUAACUCUAGAACACCUGGAAGUGGGCGGAGUUCACGUUGGCACUUAAACUACACUGUUUGUGAUAGCUGUUAUCAGCAGCGUAACAAGGGUCUGUCGUGUCCAUUAUGUGGUAAAGCGUACAGACAUUUCUCCCAAAAGGCCAUGGUUCAGUGCAAUAUGUGUAAAAAACUAGUACAUUCAGAAUGUGAUCCUAAAAUAGAUGCUGCAUUAUUAGUACAUGUGAAGAAUGAAGAACCAACAGAUUAUCUAUGUACUAUAUGUAGAAAUAGAGACCCUGAGGUGGGUAUCAGGAAGAUGGAUAUGCCAGAUUUUCCUAUGCCAAUUGCUGGUAUGAUAGAAGAUUCAGGGGAUGGUGUAUAUAUGCAAAAAGAAAGUACGAUGGACACAGAAACAACAGAUGAUGUUGGAGAGGAUAGUUCACAACAUAGUUCACAGUUCCUACUCAAUGAGGAUAGUUGUUCUAGUGUUGAUAUAGAUCCUGCUCUCAUAUAUGGCAAGAUGUCACCAAACUAUUUACCUGGUAGAGACGGAGAUAUGGGUAAACAUGGUAAGCUGGUUGCCAUGGCAAGAAAAAAGAUGUCUAUAGCAAGUAAAGCAAAGGGUCGUAGUAUGGGACCGGAAAAAAGGAAGAGACCAUUAACAUUUGGAGAAAAACGAAGAGGGCCUAAACCUAAGUUACAUUCUGCAAUGGGUAUAAGAGAGUCAAAGAAGGUGAAUGCAGACACGGAUGAUGACGAUGAUGAUCAUCCAAACACUAUAGUGCUAGCUAAUAAAUCUGACAUAUUUACAUUUGAUCAGGAUAUUUGUAAGAGCUGUGGAAGUUUUGGCAAGGGUGAUGAGGGUCGUAUGAUUGCUUGUACCCAGUGUGGACAGUGCUACCAUCCAUAUUGUGCUAAUAUUAAGGUUACGAAAGUGGUGCUACAGAAAGGUUGGCGAUGUUUAGAUUGUACAGUUUGUGAGGGGUGCGGCAGGCCUCAUGAUGAAGGGAGAUUACUCUUGUGUGAUGAAUGUGAUAUAAGUUACCAUACUUACUGUCUCGAUCCUCCACUAGACCAUGUACCUAAAGGAACAUGGAAAUGUAAAUGGUGUGUGAUGUGUAUAAUAUGUGGAUCAAAGACACCAGGAUAUGGUUGUCAGUGGCAACGGAACUAUACUCACUGUGGACCGUGUCACAGCAAGAUCUCAUGUCCAGUUUGCAGGAUAAAAUACAUGGAGGAAGACCUUAUAAUGCAGUGUGUACAGUGCUACAGAUGGUUACAUUCUCACUGUGAUGGUGUACACAAUGAGGAUGAUGCUGAACGUGCGGCCGAACAUGGCUAUCAUUGCUGCUUUUGUCGGCCUAGAACUGGACAGAUAGGACCAUUACCACCACUACCACCACCUCCACAGCCGGUGUAUGACGACUUUUCUUUGACAUUCCCAUUCCCAGCCCCUCCAGUGCGAGAACCUGAACCUCCAAGAUAUUACCUCUUUGAUGGAGUUCACAUUACCCAGCAUGCUAAACGCCAAAUUGAGAAGACAAUGAUGGAAGCUCCAAAAAUCAAGCGAAAUCGUCGAUGGAGCAAGAAACCGGAAGGUUGGAAUGAGAAAAAGGAGGAGAUUGAGAAAAAGAUUGAAGAGUUAAAAAUGGCGAGACAAAAUUCUCAAGAAUCUGAAGGAUCAGCGACACCAGCCUUGUCACGACUUUUAUCUGUUGGGUCAGAUAAAGAUGAUGAUAAAGUUUCAGAAGUGAUGGACAUGAAGUCACCAGAUAUUGAGGAAUUUCGUCUUCACCUAGAGGCAGAGGCAAUCAAACAGCUUGAAGAUGAGAAAAAGCAGAAGAAGAAGAGAAAUGUUACAAAGAUUGGUGUGGGAGGCUUUAAUGUAAACAAAAGAAAAACAUACGGUCGAGGACGACCUCCUGGUGAAGAAGGGGCUUCAUUAGAAGGAAUGAUGGAUAAACCAUUGCCGAUAGUUCCAGGAGGGUCAAUGGAAGGGGAAGACAGUAUGCCUGUUCCCAUGGAGGAAGAUAAACCACGUAAAUGGCAGAGAAAAGUUGGCUCAGGGAGACGUAAAAGUGCACUUCAAGAGAACUUUCCAUCAUACAUGCAGGAGGCAUUUUUCGGAAGUGAAAUUUUGUUUAAAAGUCGUGAAGCCCCAAAAGAAACCCUCAAAUCCUUAGACUCUGAUGAAGAAAAGUCUGCUACAGAGACAGCAAAAUUAUUUACCGACACAACAGUAAAGGAUGAGAGUUCUAUACAGAUAUCAAGCCAAAUUCGGAAAGAACUUGCUGAAAUGCCUAAACCGUCAUCUGUAGAUAUUUCUGCAGAUAAAGGAACAGAUUUGAAAGAACCAUUAGAUCAUGAAACUGGAAUAAAUGUUUCUCCAGAAACAGCAGAUUUCCAGUUACCAGAAGAUGUUGGUGACUUUGACAUUGAUGAUAAUUUUAUAAAGAUGAUUGAGAGUGAAUUAGAGGGAGGCAAUCAUCUGGACAACAAUAUAGAUAUAGAAUCAGGAUUGAACACGGCGCUGCUGGAGGAGGAGGAAGCUGCUGUGGCUCAGGAACCGAAACCUCUGGAAACUAAACCAGCAGAUACUGAGAACCUUGGGGACUUGGAUGAGGUGGAGGAUACAAUAUCUAUGCUGUCUGCAGCAGGUCUGCAGCACAUUGAUAGCAAGACUGUAGAGGAUGUAUUUAAAGUUGUUAUGCAAGGUGAUGGUCAGGGCGAUCAGGGACCAGGCCCCUCGCAGUCACAGCCACCCAGCUUGCCACCCGUGCCACAUCCAGGCCACACACAAGAGCCCACACCUCAGCUACUGGGCCUUCAACAACCUCCGCCCCAGCUUCCACCACAAGGGCAAGGGUUCCAGUUACCAUUGUCAUCUGCUCAUGGACAGGGUUUACCAGAAAUGUCUAUUAGACCAUCAUUUCCUGGAUUUCCACCACAGAACUUUCCACGGCCACCACCACCACAGGCGGCACAAUUCCCGCCAAAUUUCAUCCCCCCUGGUUGGCCGUCAAUGCCAGCAGAUGACACAGCAAUAAAUGACAGUAGCAGACGUAACAUGCAGAAAUGGGAGUCAGAUGAGGAUCUCGGUGAUAAUGCUACCAUCUCUCCUAUUCUUUACUGUAAUCUGUGUCAUCCCGAGCUGAAGAGACAAUAUCCAGACUGGUCUGAGCGAUCAAAACAGAUUGCCAAGAUCUGGCGUAAAUUGACACCGGAUGAAAAACAGCCUUACCUGCUGAAGGCAAGGAAGAAUAGAGGUAACAUUAAGGCUAAAGCACAGACCAAAUUGACACCAGAGCAGCGCAGGAAGAAAACUGAAGCCCUUAUUCAGCAGCAACAACAACAACAACAGCAGCAGCAGGGUCAUUUACCAGGCAUGCCAGGAAUGAGAGCACCAGAAAUGUUUCCAAGCCCUGAGGCAGGUGCAGCAGGUAUGCAAAGUCCUAUCCAUUCAAGUCCAGGUGGUAUGCAGAGUCCGAUGAGGCAUGGUUCUCAAAUGAUUCCAGGAACACCUGAUGGUCAUUCACCCGGUCAGCCGAGUCCUCAAGGGUUCCCAGGGCAACAGCAGGACCCAUAUCACCACAUGCCUCCUACACCUCGAUCCCAGGACCCAUAUGCAGUUACUCCGCCAACAUCUAGACAGCCAGGCUCUGAGUUCAGUGUACCCCCAGGAACUCCAAGAGCAGAGGCUAUGGGUCAGUCUCCAGGUAGAAAACCUGUAGAUCCCUACAGUCAGCCACCUUCAACACCUAGACCAGGGGAGCAUCUGCCACAACCAGACCAGUUCAGAAGCCCUGUCAGGGGCCCAGAUCCAUUUGGGGCAAACACUGGACUUCAGCAGGAUUCAUUUGGACCAGGUGUUCCAAGAGCUCAGCCAGGGAUGGGACCACGGCCGCCGCUGAAAGGCAAAGGUAUAUGGCCUGGCCAAGACCAAGAUCCUUAUGCUCAUCCCCCAGGAACACCUCAUCCACAGGGUUCUCAGAUGCCACAUAGAUUUGAGAGGCAGUUGAGUGCACCACAACCUGCUGCGAGCUCUGAGGAGCAAUUUAACAUGCCACCUACUUCAGAUCACCCUGAGACCACGUCAGCAGCGGAUCCAUUUUCACAACCGCAGGCUGCACCACAUAGCAGAAUGCAGAGACCUCCUAUGCAGAGAAUGCAGUCAAUGCCUGGGGUUGAAGGUCAUAUGUUACCAGGGCAACAGUUCAGACAUCCAUUCCGUCCCCCACACCCUGGUAUGAUGAGGCCCCCAGGUAUGCCAGCAGAUGUGUUCCCUGGAGGUGUGAGACCCAGGAUGGACAUGCCUCCUCAUUCUGGAAUGAGACUUCCAGAAACCUCAGCUCUACAGCGGAUAUUUGCCGUGGCGAACCGUCAACACGUGUCUCCGCUGUCCAGGAUGUGGCCGCACCAUAUUGCACAAUCUCUACACGCGGCCGCGACUGGAACCCCGAGUGAUGUACAGAAACAGCAGAUGAUGGAGUUCUUCAAGGAGCAGGCAGAAAGGAAAAAACAAGAAGGUUAUACAGAGAUGAUGGGGCAAGGGUUCCCAGCUGGUAUGAGACCUCCACGGCCUCCCAUGCCAAGAGAAGGCUUCCCACCACAGACUAUGGGUCAAGGGCCAUCCCAGUCAGGUGAUAUGAAGCCCAAUCAAGAUAUACUUCAAGAAUGGAAGGAAAAAAUCAAAGAAUCAGCAAAGAAACUCGGCUAUGCUCCUGGUCAACAGCAUCACGAAAGUGCAAGUACCGCACAGUCUGGUAAGGCACAACAACAGGUGAGCAUUCCAGUUGCAGCAGAUGGUAGUAGUGUAAAGAAAAUGACAGAAACUAAAGCUGCACCUGCUGGACAUAAAGCAUCAGCUUCAUCUGAGGAGGAGAAAACUGACGACACUGAUGAACUGGCAGACUUCUUUAGUGCUGAUGGAACUUUUGAUAUUUUGAAAUAUGCCGACCCUGACCUUGACCUUGGUUCCGAUAACAAGACAAUCUUUGAUGACCUUGUGGAAGAUGUGAAACCACAGGAUGAACAAAAGAAAGCAGGAAAAAAGGAAGAUGAGUUCUCUGAGAUUAAACCACAGACAAAACAAGAAACAGAAGGUGAGAAAGGAGAAGGGAAUAAACAGAGUGUAAAUGAGUUCCAAGCGAAAUUUCUCGAGUUUAGUCAGAAAAAACAAGGAGAUGAAGCAAAAGUUGGGGAGGGAGGAAAGAAACCACAACCGACUUUAAUAAAAACUGAAAGUAUUGAGGGUACAGAGACACGAACCCCAUCAGCUCCUGGAACACCUAUGACCCCUGCAGGUGCAGGUACCAUGGGUUCUGGUCAAUACACACCAGGGGCUCCAUCCCCUCAUCAGGCUGCAUUGUUUGGACAGCCUUCCCCAUCUGGAAUGCCAUCACCAAAGGUUAUGCCUUCUCCAAAGAGCCAGCCAUCACCAAGGACACCAGGCGAGGGUCAGCUUACUCAGCAGCCUUCACCUUUUUCACAACACUCCGUGCAGUCUCCAUUUUCACCAUCUGCAACAACUCCGGCUUCAGCUCCACAGUCUCCUUAUGCUGGAACUAAUCAAAGGACACAGUCUCCAUUUGCUGUUCCAGGGACAGCUGGUCAGUCUGUGCCGGUAAUGAUGGGUCAGGGGUCACCACUCCCAACUUCAUAUAGUCCAUCACAUACCCCACCAGCAGCCUUUCCUAUGCAGAGGUCACCGAGGGCAAAUAUACCUGGUCAGCCGGGGCAGUUUCCACAGGGACAGUUUCCACAGGGGUACAUGCAGGGUCAGCCACCACCACGUGGGAUGGUUCCAGGUCAGACAGGUCAUCCUUUCAAUCAGCCUGGCAUGAGACAGCAGAUUCCAGGGAUACGACCUCCAACCUCAUUGCCAUUGUCACAGCAACAACUUUUACCAGGACAGCCUCCAGUUUCUGGAGAUAUCACAUCACCAGGUAUGAGACCUGUGCAUCCAGGGAUGAGACUAGAGAGGCCUCCUUUUCCUGGACAUCCACCCUCAUCACCAGGGAAGCCAGGUCAAGGUCAAGUGCCAGGAGCUAUGUUUCCUGGAAUGCGUGCUACCACCCCUGGUUCCCAACCUCCACAGUCUUUCAUGUCACAACAGAAUGUAGCACAUUCUGCAAGCAUGGGUACCAUGGCAACUGCUGGGUCAACGGUUACUUCAUCAACAGGUCAAGGUCGUACAGCUUUACUGCAGGACCAGCCCCUACUGAUACAGGACCUACUCGAACAGGUACAGUUGAGAUCUAUGGAGAAACUAGAGCAAGAGAAAAGACAGCGAGAACAACAGGUUAUGUUACAGAGGACUGGUGGUAUACGUCCGGAGGGUAUGAUUGGGCCACGACCAGGUGCCCCAGGUAUGGUUGCUAUGCCACCUGGGAUGCCACAAAGAAUGGAAUCACCGGUCAGACAUCCGGGACAGCCUGGUAUUUUUGCCCAGCCAGACAUGCCAGGUAUGAGAGCCAGGAUGCCAGGGCAGAUAAGUCCACACACCCAGGGAGCUCAGUCAUUUGGAGUGCCACCUGGCCCCAUGCCCCCACCUAAGCCUCCAACACCAGUUGACAAUGCACCGGACUCAGACAGACAGUACUAUCAAUAUGAACAUUGGUUAAUGAAACAUGGGGAGUUCCUGGAAAUGCAGGUCAAAUUCUUGGAACAGCAAAUACAGAAACAGAAACGAACAAAGAAAGCCAUUAAUGCCAGGAAUCGACAGGCAAAGAAGAAUGGUCAGGAGAUGCCAGCCCAGGAUGUGAUGGAGCUGGAGCGAGCGAGCCAGGAACAAGCCAUGUUACAGAAACAGCUAGAACAAAUGAGAAAACAGAACAGACAACACCAGAUAGCUGUACAGGACUAUAGAACUAAGCAACAGGAUCGCUUCAAUCAACAGAUGGUUCAGUCUGGUCAGGCAUCGCCAUUGAUGGGUUCAAUGCCCGGUGCUCCACCCGGUGCACCGCCAGUCACCUCAAAUAUGCAGGCUGGGCCACAGAUGCAACCACCGCCAGUUAGAAUGCCUGGAAAUCAAGCCUCUGCUAGAAUGACUCGAGACAUGAGGCAGGAAUAUGAACAGUAUAUGCAGAACAGGCUACGUCUGGCUGCACAGGGAGUACCUGGGCAGAGAAUGCCAGGACCACGCCCACCUAUGAUGCAGUCAGCCCCAGGGGCAUCUCCUCAACCUAGAAUGGCAAACUUUGGUGACAACAACCCAUUUAGUGAUACAUACCAGCAACAAGAGAAGAUAGAGAAGUUGAGAGAAACCCACAUAAAACAAGGUGACCAACCAGGAGAAGCUACUGAAGCCCCUGUGGCCCCAGGUCAACCACCUGUGUUUGCGGACCAUCGUUUCCCUGGGCCUAGAGAACCACACCCUGUAAGGUUCCCAGGCCCAGCAAUGGAAGGUCAGCAUCCAUCUCGGUUCCCAGCUGGACCCAUGGAAGGUCAGCAGGCUUGGUUACAGCAACAACAACAACAGCAACAGCAGAGAUUUCCAAUGGAGACAGUUGGCCCAAGACUGCCUGUCCCUGGUCCUAGUGGUGAGGUGAGGUUUCCGGGGCCGGCUGGAUCGUUUCCGCCACAAGUACCGACACAAGCAGUCCCGCAGACAGUGGCACAAGAAGUUAAUCCACCUCCCCACACCCUGGAUGCUGUGACUAACACAACGGAAUCCAAGGAAAAAACAAAGAAGAGAAAAAAGAAGAAAAAACAACCAACUGAUAGCUCCCAGCCAGCAUCGACCCAGCAGACUCAGAGUAAGCCGCCCCCAAUGCAGUUCAAGCCUCAGGAUGAGACAGAGAGAAGGAUCAUGGAAAUACUGAGUAACACUGCUAACAUGCAACGCGGACAGUCUCCCUCUCUCGCCACAUCUGCACAGUCAACUGCAACAACACAAAGCCCAGCAACUGUUGCCAAUGGGAGUGUUCCCCAAGCAGUUGAAGGUCAGCAAGUCACCUUGACCUCUCAGAGUCAACAGACUACCUUGACAUCUCAGGGUCAACAAGCAACUUUGACCUCGCAGCUUGCAACACAAGCUGGUCAGAUUCCAAGCCCUGGUGUGCCGCCAUCAAAGACUCCACCAGCUCAAGGCAGAUUGACUCCUGGACAGGGUGGGAGGCUCACGCCAGGUUCUCAGGGUAGACUUACUCCAGUCCAGCAAGGUAGACUUACACCUGGAUCUCAGGGAAGACUUACACCUGGCUCGCAGGGUCGAUUAACACCAGGUCAGUCGGGCACCUCAGCAGUUCCAUCUCCAGGUCAGCCAGUACAAUCACCAUUAAGUCAACCUUCUCCAUCUUCAGAUCAAAGUGCCAUACAGCAGUCAUUAUCAGGUCAGAGUCCCUCAGCUGUACCAGCUGUGUCAGCUUCUUCCCCAAGAGGUUCCAGCCAGCAGUUGAAUUUGAAUAUUUCUACUAUGACUGCAACAAAUCCAGCUACACAGUCAGUUAAUGCUGGGCCACAGUUGGUAACAAGUCAACAAGAAGGUCAAGUGUCAGGAUCUCAGCAGGUUCUCACAUUUCAGCCAACUUCAGCACCACCAGGUCAUCUUGCCAGUCAGACAGUCUCAGGUUCUAGUCAGUCUUCAUCAUUUCAAGGUCAAAAUUUAGUGUCAUCAGCAUCUACAUCACAAGGUCACAUUCCAGUAUUAGGUCAGGAUCAUCCUCUUCCUGGGCCAGGAAGUCGGACAGCACCGGUACCAAGCUCUGUGCAGGUGAGGUCAGUGCAAGGUCAGCCUGCAAUGGUUACAGGUCUCCAAGGGCAACAUCCAGCAUUGCAUGGUCAGGUUGUAGGUCACCCUCAGAGACCAGCAUUGUCAAGUCCCGAACAACAACUACGCCAUCCUGCCUUUCCUGGCCAGCAAGCCAGAUUCCCACGGCUGCCACCGGGACUUGCCCAGUACCCUGCUCACAUCAGACACCUAAUGCAACAGAGAGGAGAGACACCCCAGUUUCCCCCAGGUUUUCUUCCUUUUGAUGCCUUGCCAGGCCAGCCAAGAGUUAGACCACCUAUGCAGCCUCACUGGAGGGCUCCAGAAGCAACAAGUGCACCUGCAAGAAGAUCACCAAGACCAGCUGGUCCUAAUCUUGGACAAAUUCCUAGAAUGAGCAUGCAACCUAAUCCUAACUUUCCUCAGGAACUUAUGACAGGUGUUGGACCUACUCCUGUCAGUAAAGAACAAAUGAUUGGACAGCAGAUGCAGGAAUCAUCUGCUGCCCCAGCAAGAUCUAGUCCAACUGUUACUCAACCUCAUUUACCAGAAACCACUUCAUCAAGUACUGUAAGUAUUACAACCACAGCAGCUAGUGUUCCCAAUAUUGCUGUGUCUAGUUCAGCACCCACAUUGAGUGCUCCAGUGACAUCAGUUCAAGAAGCAGAAAAAGACAGUAGUCAGUCUCAGAUGUUAGAGCAGUCUGGAGGAUUUCAGAGUAUGCCAGUAGAUCAGGUUUCAGAAAUGACGUCAAAUACUUCGUCAUCUAAUAGUGAAGCAACAGUUACAGCUAUGACAGAUGCACAAAGCGGGAGUAGUUCAAAGAGUCUGCCAGAGACAAAUAGUCCAAAAGUAGACAUAAAGCAGGAAGAAACAAUUGACACUUCUGGGCAAGAGAUGGAAAAAGACUCAAAUGAAAAACAAACUGAAUGUUCAGAUGGAAUUCAUUGUGGCACUCCACCUCCUACUGGGGAAUGUAAUGAUGGAAUUCACUGUGGCACUCCCCCUCCUCAAGAAUGUACAGAUGGAAUGCAUUGUGGCACACCACCUCCAACUGGAAAAUGUGCAGAUGGAAUGCAUUGUGGCACUCCCCCUCCUCAAGAAUGUACAGAUGGAAUACAUUGUGGCACUCCUCCUCCUCAAGAAUGUACAGAUGGAAUGCAUUGUGGCACUCCACCUCCUCAAGAAUGUACGGAUGGAAUUCAUUGUGGCACUCCCCCUCCUCAAGAAUGUACAGAUGGAAUACAUUGUGGCACUCCCCCUCCUCAAGAAUGUACAGAUGGAAUGCAUUGUGGCACCCCACCUCCAACUGAAAAAUGUGCAGAUGGAAUUCAUUGUGGUACUCCACCACCUCAAGAAUGUACAGAUGGAAUGCAUUGUGGCACACCACCUCCUCAAGAAUGUACAGAUGGAAUACAUUGUGGCACUCCACCUCCAACUGGGGAAUGUACAGAUGGCAUGCAUUGUGGCACACCACCUCCAUCUGGGGAAUGUACAGAUGGGCUUCAUUGUGGUACACCACCUCCUCAAGAAUGUUCAGAUGGAAUGCAUUGUGGCACUCCACCGCCAACUGGGGAAUGUGCAGAUGGAAUUCAUUGUGGCACUCCACCUCCAACUGGGGUAUGUGCAGAUGGAAUACAUUGUGGCACUCCACCUCCAACUGGGGAAUGUGCAGAUGGGCUUCAUUGUGGUACACCACCUCCUCAAGAAUGUACAGAUGGAAUGCAUUGUGGCACUCCACCUCCAACUGGGCAAUGUACAGAUGGGCAACAUUGUGGCACACCACCACCAACUGGGCAAUGUGCAGAUGGAAUGCAUUGUGGUACUCCACCUCCAUCUGGGGAAUGUGCAGAUGGAAUUCAUUGUGGCACUCCACCUCCAUCUGGGCAAUGUCCAGAUGGAAUGCAUUGUGGCACUCCACCUCCAUCUGGGGAAUGUGCAGAUGGAAUUCAUUGUGGCACUCCACCUCCAUCUGGGCAAUGUGCAGAUGGAAUGCAUUGUGGCACUCCACCUCCAUCUGGGCAAUGUACAGAUGGAAUGCAUUGUGGCAAUCCACCUCCAACUGGGCAAUGUACAGAUGGGCUUCAUUGUGGCACUCCACCGCCAAGUGGGGAAUGUACGGAUGGUCUACAUUGUGGUACACCCCCACCAACACAAGAUGAGCAGUCAUCAAAUGGUGAAAACAAUUCUACUAAUCAAUCUGAACCCCUCUCUGUUGUUACAACUAGUCAGGAUGUUCCUCCACCUCCAUUACAAUCCUCUCUUCUCUCACCACAGCAAAUAGCAGUGCAUGCGGAUCAUCCAUACAUCACCGUAUCUUCCAAUCCCCCAGCAUUGAAACCUACACCAGUUGUAGCCACAUUUACGUCAGCUGUAUCUUCCAAUCCCCCAGCAUUGAAACCUACACCAGUUGUAGCCACAUUUACAUCAACUAAUCCUGUCACAAUUGCCCAGUCACCUCAGAUUACAACCUUGUCUACAGCCUCGACAACAAUUAUUUCUUCUGAAAUCAGUGCCUUUGUCAAUCCAGUAGUCUCAAGAAAAUCCCCCGAGAGUGAUACUAAAAGCAUACUUUCACAAACUUCUUCAUCUGAGAGUUCCAGUCAUGUAACCGUUUUAUCAAACACUCCAGUAACAGAUAUCGAAAAAUCAAAUGCAAUAAAGCAGGAACAAAGUUUUCCCAUUGGUACAUCAGACAUAUCAGCAGAUACUAGUAUUCCAAAGGAACCACCAGCAAAAGAGGUACUGACUACGGUAGAAACGAAGUCAGAACCUACAGCACAAUCUACUGACAUAGAACACAUGCAGCAGGCAUAUCAAGGUCAGCAGCAGUUAGAACACUUGGGUAGUGUUCCCAUAGCAACAGUGAAAGAUGAUAAUUCAGACCAUAAUUCCACAACUGUACCUACUCAACCAUUAGAGACUGUUGAUGUUUCUAAAUCAGAUGGGUUACCAAAAGUUAAUAUUUCGACUAUUUCGGUUUCAGGACCCCAGUAUUCAUUGCCACAGACAACAGAAAUGAUUGCAGAAUUAAAGACAUCAACUCCAGAAAAUCUUCCUGCUUUAGCAUCAGCAUCAACAGCACCCGUCAGUACAGCUUCCAAGCCUGCUGAACCACUGACAGCACCAGCUGCAGAGAUGGGCCCAACCUUGACAACUGUGCCUAGACCACAACAUUUUGGACCUCUGCCAACAAUAUCAUCAGAUCCCUUGCAGAGGCCACCAAAUAUUUCACAAAGCUUUCCCCACCCUAUUUCUUCACAAGGUGGGAGAUUGCCACUUGUUCAAGAUCAGCAGCAGCCAACAGUCUCUAAUGUGUCACAUCCAUCAGCUGUUCCAGAUUUAAGGCAGAGGUUUCCAAGUCCUGAAGCAUUUGCCCUUGCAGGGCGUGGAGUUUUUCGGCCAGGCAUUGGUCAGGUGAGACCAGGCCAGCCAGAGUUUAUGGCACAACUCCAGCAACAACAAGCAAUGAAUCAUCCAGAGUUUAGGAACAGAGCACCUGGGCAGGAUCCAAGAAUAUCUCAAGCUGCACAUGAGAGAAUGGUACGACCUGGACUGGAUCAAAGUUUGAGACAAAGAAUGCCAGGAGCCAGACCAUCAGGUCCAAUGCCAGGAUUUCCAGGGCUUGAACAAAGGUUACCACUUCCUUCUGAGGGACGUGGCCAAGAUUCAAGGUACUUUCUGCAGGAUCCGAGGUAUUCUAUGCCAGGCAGUCAGGAACAGAGAUACUUCAUGCAGGAUCCUAGACACCCAUUUGCAGGCCAGAUGGGUUUGAGACAUCCAUUCUUCCAACAGAGGCCAGGUAUGCCACCAAUGCAAAGAGGGCAGUUUCCUGAACAUGUUUUACAACAGCAGGCUCAGCAGCGACCACCUUUACCUGGAAUGACUGGGCAAGGACACCGAGCGCCUGAGUCGACACUUCCAGUUACAACUGAACAAGAGGCAGUUGUGAAGAUGGAACCAGGUAUUAAACAGGAGCCUGGUGUAAAACAGGAACCCAAAGGUUAUGAAGAUGCUCAAGCAUUUCAUCAGGCAAGCACUGUGGGAACAGAGGGAAAAGUAGUGCCUCAGCAAAGCCCUCGGCCAAAAUCUCAAACACCACCUUCUGCAGGAGGUCACUCUGUUCAUUCAGGGAGUAACAGAUCAACCCCUUUAUCUAGACCACCUAGUGUUCAGCGCCAGUCUCCUGGUGCAUCAACUGGAAGUCAGAGGAACUCGCCUGCUCAAGCUCAGUCUCCAGGGCACUCCUUUACAGUCCCAUCUCCAGGUCACUCAAUUCCAGCACAGUCUCCAAGUCACAUGACUACAGUCCAGUCACCAAGUCAGAUAAAUGCAGCUCAGUCACCAGGUCACUCAAAUGUGUCUGCAUCUCAAAAUGACCUUCAACUUCCAUCUGUAUCAGCCACUUUUGCUGCAGCAGGGAUGAUGCGACUUGGUGAAAUGGCAGAUUCUCCACAGCAACCAUACCAUCCAAUGACAAGACAUACUGUGCCAAGUUCAUCUGGUUCAGGUCCGGCAUUUUCUUCAGUGUCGUCUAUUGUGCAAGCAGUCUCAACAGUUUCAUUUCCACCUAUUCAGGGUCAAGCAGUUUCAUCACAGUGUACAACUCCCACUGAAGUGUCUUUACCUCCGAGUACUUACGUAAAGACUGAAGGUGUUGGGGCAUCGCUAAUUGGUUCAUCUGCUUCUACACAGACUCCUGUUCAUAGUCGCCCAGCCCCAACAAUACCUCAGGCAGGUCAGGGGUCGGUACCACAGCCAAUGCCAACAAACCAGACUGCAUCAGGACCUCAUACUGUGUCAUCAGCUUCCCAUGGUCCAGCUGCUGGUCAAAGACCUUCACCCCAGCAGUCACCACAGCAAGGACCUCAAGGGCCACCAGGAGCUCACGGUGCACCUGGAGGACCGAGGAUGUAUGGACAGACUACAGCAACAGCACCAGCCUCCACAGCUCCUCAUGCAACUAGAGCACGUGGCCCCAGACAGCAGCAGUCACAUGCUCAGCAACCAAGAUACACACUUCCAAGUAACCUUCCUCCACAUCUCGCUGGAAUGUUGUCGAUGAAUAUGAGACCAAACAAGUCUAUGUACCCCCAGUCACAGGAACGCCCUGUGGGUCCUAUGCAUAUGAGAUUUCCUCCAGGUCAUCCUAUGUCAAUGCCUCCUACAGCACCACGAGGAUUCCCAAUGCCAAGUGGACAUAUUCCGGCAGAAGCCAUGACAACAUCUUCUGGCAUGCAGCAAAUGUCGCCGACGGCAAGACACCCAGGUAUGAUGCAACAUCCAGGAAUGGCAGGUAUGAGACUUCCUGGUAUGAGACCAGGAGUACCUAUGGGGCAUCCAAUGUCUCAGAUGCAUCCUGGGCAGAUGUCACCAACUAGUCCCCAUCCAGGGGUUCCACAGAUGCAUAUGUCCACAUCUGGUAUGGUAAUGAUGGGACCACCAGGAGUGCCCCAUAUGUCUGUAGCACAACUGAAUACAGAGUUGCCCUCACCAACACACCGACCAGGUGCACCACCUACACCAGGCUCUGUACCAUCGACACCAUCACCUACUCCAGCUUCAUAUCCUCAUGGUGUCUUGCCGCCAAAUUCAGCAGCAGUCUCAACUGCUCCAGGAUUCCCUGGAGAGGUUCCCAGUAGACCACAGUUCCCAUUUCAUAGAAUGCCUGGUUCCCAAAGGAUGCAGUUUGAUCCCAGAAUGCAAAUGGAUCCCAGAAUGCAAAUGGAUCCCAGAAUGCAAUUUGACCCAAAUGUAAGGCAAGGCUCAGAAGAAAGGCAGCAGCCACCUGGAAUGGGUCCCAGAUUUCCUCCAGGAUUUCAGUUUCCUGGUAUGCCACAUGGUAAACCAGGCAAUUCUCAUGAGCCAAAUACAAGCCAUGGUCAGUUGGAAGAAGCGAUGAGGAGACUGGUACCAGGUCCGUUCCCACAUGGAGUUAUGACUUCAGCCCAAGGUGGACCUGCUAGGAGUGUUGCCCAGGCUCAAAGUGCUGCCUCAACUCCAAGUCCUGUUAGUACAGUCAAGCAAGAACCAUCUGAAUUGCCAGCGCAUCUGGAUCAACAAAUGGCAAGUCAGAACGCUCUCUUGAAGAAGCUACUUGCAAAGAGCAAUGCUGCCGCUGCAGCAGCUGCUGCUGGACACAUCACACCACAAUCGGACAAUUCGGAGGAUUCUAAUGAAUUUCCUAACAUUCAGUUGACCCCAGAACAACAGCGUCAACUUGAGGAGAUUGAGAAGAUGCCAUUGACUACGCAGCGCCCCGUGUCUGAGUCUGGACUUUUGCUCGAUACCAAUGAUCCAGAUAUUGAAGCCAAGAAAAUGGAGUUUGAGAGACGAAGGAAGGAAAUGGAAGAUGCUCGUAGAGAAAAGAGGAAAAAUACAGAUGGAACACCGAGAAAAAGAAAGAAGAAGAAAGAGAUGUUGGAACAGGAAAAACUGCAAGCGUUGCAAGCUGCUCAAGGGCAAGGUCAGCUUCUCAGUCCUUUCGAUCCUCAAAAUCUUGACAGAGGUCCAGGGUUAGAUAGCCUUCCGCCAGGACUGAUGUCCCCAGAAAAGGAGAAGAAGAAGAGAAGUAGGAAAGGGAAGAAGGAUAAGGUGGCACCGGAAGGGGGCCCGGACAAUGUGGAUAUUAUCAUGGAGAAUUUCAACCAACAGCUGAAGCAGUUAGCACCGGUUCCUUUGAUGGAACCAGAUGUUGGUCACUCAUACACAAUUUGUUCUCUGGCUGGCUCGGCAGCAGAUGUUAAUGGGGAGAGUACUCUAGUUGGAGCAUUUGGAAAGACAAAGAUGGCUGAUGAAAUGACAGAUUUCUAUGAGGAACUCUUGCUUGGUAAAAUCUCGCCCACUGUGCUGGCCAGAGAAAUAGCAGAAAAGCGUAAACAAGCAAAUGAAUCAAAACCUGAUCUUGCAGGUUUAACUGAAGAUCAGAAACGGUACCGUAUGAUGAUGGACAGCAUUCAGAAUGAAGGUCAGAGGUCAUCGCCACCUUUUGGUUUGUCAGGGCUUGGACCAGCACGGGGUGCUGUACCAGUACUUCCUCCACCACCUAGGGUAGGGCCAAGGAGUAGAAUUCCUAAGGCAUCAGGUAGCCCAGAAUCUGUGAUAUCAUCAUCCUCGCCGGAAGCUGGGUUUGGUGAGGAAGAGAAAACAGAUUUCCCAAUGCUACGUCCAAUAGAACCUGCGGCACAGGAUGAGGAAACCCGAACCUCCCCCACUGUACCGCUGUUGCAACCAGUGCCCAUCAAGUUCCCGCCAUUUUUGGUCAAACAGGAGAACCAGACUGGAUUAGAGGUUUCCCAGGCUGACGUAAAAGCUCCGCUAAAUGUUCAAAUCCCCGCCCAGAAAGGAAAACAGGAGCUGGACUCUGCAUUAUCUGCCCUUGCAGGCAAGGAGAACCGUGACAUUGACCCCAUGACUGGACUUGCAAGGUCAUCAAAGGAUGCUGCAGCAGACGCAGAAGUUUCUGUAACCUUGACCUUGUCAGCCAAGGCAGCAGAAGAUAUUGGUGGUGUUUUGUCUGCUAUUGCUGAUCUACUGAAGAUUGCAGCGCCGCCAACAUACGAGGAGAGUCGAAGUCCAUCACCAGAACAGUUCAAAUCCAACCUAAAACAUAAAGAGGAAGCAUUAAAGAUUCAUUCCCUCUACAAGUCAAAGCAGACGUACUGCCGUCACUGUGAAGUGGCAUUUGUUAAUGCUGGUAUAAGGAAGAAAAAGUCAGAAAUACCACUUCUGACAAGGGAAGAAAUGGAGGCAGAAGGAGACAUGAUGACAUUUUGUAGUAGGAACUGUUUCGCCAACUUUACUCUCACACGGCAAAUGACGUAUAAACCAGACUUGCAGGACCUCGAUCAAAAUAGUCAGCAUUCCCUUUUUGCACCUCAUAGAGAACAAGGAUUACUUAGUCCAAGGGAUUUAACUCCAUCAUCCAGUACUACAGCAACGCCCUCAAUCACACCCUCUCCAGGUAUGGGGAUGGACUCGAUGGACACCACGCCCAUAAAGUCUGGACCUCCGACACCACAGUUAGGCAGUCCUACCAUGAUGAGAGGUCGACCAGAGUUAGGCAAACGUCCAUAUAGAAGAAGCAGCAGCUUCACAGAGCCAAAGGUGCCACUUGUAAAAAAAUGGAAAGAUAUACGAUACAAGAGAUUCGAUGUGAACAUGUUCCCUGAGGUGUAUACAAGUAUGAAGAAAGAUGAAGAUGAAAAUCUGCUAUGGCAGAGCUAUUCAUUGGCAUUGAGACAUGACAAGGAAAAAAUGAAGGACACAAGGAUCUGUGAGUUCUGUCUCGAGCAUAGUGACGCUGACUCAAAUGGAGCAGGAAGGUUACUCAACAUGGAUAUUGACAAGUGGGCACAUCUUAACUGUGCUCUGUGGUCCCAGGAGGUAUACGAGACACUAAAUGGAGCCCUGAUGAAUGUACAACAGGCAUACAAACGAAGUAUAAAGCAGAAAUGUGUUGUAUGCAUCAAAGCUGGAGCGUCCCUCAGCUGCUUCAAACAACGAUGUAAUAAUAUCUACCAUGUAGCUUGUGCCCGGCUUGUUGGCUGUAUCUUCUUUGAAGAUAAGACCAUUCUCUGCCCGCCACACACUCCAAAAGGUGUACAGCUUGAACAGGUGCUCAAGUCUCUGGUGGUUCAUCGUAGAGUAUACAUCAACAGGGACGAGGAUGCUCAAGUUGCCAACAUGCUUCUUCAAGAGGAUGGUCAGCACACAUUACGUCUUGGGUCUAUGGUUUUGCACUCUAUUGGUCAAUUACUACCUCACCAGAUGGCUAGUGGCAAGUACAACACCAGGGAUCAUAUCUAUCCAGUUGGCUUCAAGGCAUCAAGGUUUUAUUGGAGUAUGCGGCAGCUUUACAAGCGUAGUCGAUAUAUCUGUAGUAUACAUGACAACGAAGGUCAGCCAGAGUUUGUUGUCAAGGUCGUAGAGGAAGGUCAGGAAGAUUUUGUUACAAAACAUACAUCAUGUGCAGGGGUCUGGCGCAGUAUAUUAGAACCACUGGAGAAACUUCGUAGAGAUGCAGAUCUUGUGAAAGUAUUCCCAACCUUCACUACAGGAGAAGAGCUGUACGGGCUUACAGAUCCAAAUAUUGUCAGAUUGGUUGAAUCUCUUCCUGGUACAGAUCUACUUAGAGAUUAUGUGUUCAAGUUUGGCCGACGACAGUUAAUAGAUCUUCCACUCACAAUUAAUCCAUCAGGUUGUGCAAGAUCAGAGCCAAAACUGCGAACACACUUCAAAAAGCCACAUACUCUGCAGUCAAGUCACACUCAUUCUCUACCAUCGACUGUUACCAGCCUUACUGGAGACAUGAACUCACCAUAUAUGAAACACUUUGUGCACUCAAAGUCUCAACAAUAUCGUAGACUGAAGACGGAAUGGAAAAACCUUGUCUACCUAGGCAGGUCAAGGAUUCAGGGCCUUGGUUUGUACGCUGCCAAAGAUCUGGACAUGCACACAAUGGUGAUAGAAUAUAUAGGAGAUCUCAUCAGGAAUGAGGUGGCCAACAGAAGAGAAAAAACAUACGAAUCUCAGAAUCGAGGUGUGUACAUGUUCAGGAUUGAUAAUGACACCGUUUGUGAUGCUACGAUGGCAGGUGGGCCAGCACGAUACAUCAACCACUCCUGUGAUCCUAAUUGUGUUGCUGAGGUUGUAGAUAUUGAUAAAGAGGGGAAAAUCAUCAUUAUAACAAAUAGACGGAUAUCUAAGGGAGAGGAGCUAACGUAUGACUAUCAGUUUGAUUUUGAGGAUGAUCAGCAUAAAAUACCUUGUAACUGCAAUGCUGCCAACUGUCGUAAAUGGAUGAACUAAGUGAUCUUGUUACCAUAGUGACAGUGACUUGGCAUCUUGUCAUGGUGACUGAAGUCGACAUUUCAUCAUCAUUUAAUAAUGACACGUUGAUGGAGGCUCGAUAUUGGUUGCUAUGGUUAAUUGGAACUUCAGUUGUAUCUCCAAAUGGUUCUGGAGACAAGUCCCGUAUUGUUGUCAUAGUUACCAUUUUGGUUGCUAUGCAGCAGGGAACUAAGUGCGCUUAUUUCUCCUCAUGGUUUUGGAGAUGAGUCACAUGAUCUUGUAGUCAUGGUGAUUUUCUCAACAACCUAAAGUAACAGCAAUAGGAACUCAAAAUUUUGAACUUCAUACAUAUCAGUUUGCUAUACAUGUUAUUUUGUCUGGGUAAAUAUGUAAGGAUUUUAUUGUCAGUUAGUUUUUGUAUAUCUGUGAUAAAUAUGCAUAAUAAGAUUAUGGUUUUUACAGCUGUCAUAUGAUUACCAGUUUGACGUGGAAGAUGACGCAAAUAAAAUACCCUGUAACUGUGGAGCCUGGAACUGUCGCAAGUGGAUGAAUUAAAGAUCUGUUAUCUAUAAUUACGGAGCAAGGAAUUGUGGUAGAUGGAUGUAUUGAAUAUCUGUAAUACCCUGUAAUUUCCUGUAACUUUGAAGUGCAGAUUUACCAGAAGUAAAUGAAGCUCUUGUAAAGUAGAGAGUGUGGAAAUGUCAUAAGUUUAUGAAAUAAAGGUAUAAAGUCUCCAGUAAGUGGGAGUGUAGAACUGUAAUAAGUAAGUAAAUUGAAGAUCUAAAAUAGAAUGUGAAUUUGUGACAAGUGGAUGAAAUAAACAUUUGUAAUAUCCUGUAACAGUCAAGUGUGGAGUUGUGACAAGUGGAUGAAUUAAAGAUCGGAAAGCUUUUGUAACAUAGAGAGAUAUACAUUGUAAUUGUCACAACUUGAUGAGUUACAGACCGGAAAUCCCAAUUAAAUAGAAAUCGUGAUGAUAUAUGGAUGACUGGAAGAUCUAAAGAGUAUUCAAGGACAGAUGCAGAACUGCAUGUUUUGAAAAUUAUGUGGAAAGAAAUAAGUAAUCAAAUAUAUGGUCAUUGUUCAGAAAUGUUACAAGAUGGAGGGAGAUAAACUAAUGAACUGACAAACUGAAAUAAUUGUCUGUUUUGUGGCAGACAUGUUAUAGGAUACAUUGCCAGUUGUUUAAAAUUAAGUACAAAUUGUUUAUUCCCUUUCUAAUCAUAUAAAUGUUCUCAGGCUUUCACUAAAGUAUUCUUACCAAAGCUUGAAGUCGUGUAAAUAACUGAAAUAUGUUUGUUAUACCUGUAAAUAUAUAUAUAUGAUACUUUCAGUGGAUUGUACAUUGUAUAUAAAAAAGCAAAGAAAAAUCUCCAAAUCGUGAACAAAACAUAUUUUACUUAACAUACAGAAAUAAUUUCCAUGUAGUUGCGAAAAUAUUUGUUGUGAAGAGGGACUACUUUUUAUUUGCCAAAUCUGAAGAAUCCUUUUAUCACAUUGUGUUUGUUUUUGUUACUGGAUAUUGUUCAUUGAGAAGAAAACUGUAAAUAGCACUACCUCAGAAAAACGGCAUGGUGUGUUGUUAGUGAGUUAAUCAGUUGUAUAUAUUUGUGGUUUAUAACUUUAUAUAUUGAAGUCAUUUCAUUUGGAACAAGUGCAGUAGAUAUUCAUACAUUGUGCAUACACAUCUAUUUCACAUUUGUUGGUAUUUCUUUUGUACAGUAUUGAUAUUGAAUAAAUGUUUUGAUGAAAUCGUAAGUACAGCAGGUUUUAUCAUAAGCCCUUGUCAGUUAUUCAUGGAUAAAUUAUGCAAUGUUUCAAUGGAUUUUUAUCCGCCAGUAUAAAUUACUUGUUGUUGUUAUAGAAGUGUAAUUCUUUUUGUAUGCCUGUAAUUAGUUUUGAACUUUAAAAUUCGGACCUUUUCACUUUCUUGGAAAAAGCAAAAUGUAGUAAAAUUAUUUGCCUUAAAAUGUUUUUCAUUUAAGGUGAAAAUAUUCUGUUAUUGUAGAAUAUAAUACUCUGUGGUAUUUUGUGUCUGUUUAUUCUACUUAGUGCUGUUUUUGGAAAGAAAUAAGUUUUCUUUGAACUUGAUAAAACAAGCUAUUAACAUACUAAAGCUAAAUCACUUUAAAAGAUACCCUGCAUCAUUAUUUUUGGACGUAACAUGAUUUUGGAUGUUUUUCAACUUGAACCUGAUAAGAAGAUUCAAUUAAUUAAAGAAAGUAAAAGAGAAAACUGCUAUGUAGAGCAAUAAUACAUCUUCAUUAUAACUUUUGGUUAUUGUAGUAUGCUAGAUAUUUUAUCAUCCGGUGUGUUUGAAAAAAAAAAUGUAAAUGUGGAACAGUGUGUUACAAAGUGCUAAUACAUCCAGCAAUAAGAUACACCUUUCAUGCAACCAACAUGUUGUUGUCAUACAGGAUGUUUUGCAGUCAUCAUUUAUACCUCUGUGGGGUACUGAGAAAUUAUGGGCAUGAAAGUUUGUGGUUUUGACCAAAACGGCUAUUUCUUGGGGAUUCAUUGGUGCCAUCUUGUAUAAAAUGAAUAGAAUUGUCAUUAGGUUUUAACUUUAUGGAUUUAAUAUUAAUGAUUUCAUAGUAAUUAAAUGUCACCCUUCAUUACAUCUGUAGGAUAGAUAGAUGUUUUCACUAUCAUUUAUGUAUAUAUUGCCAUGUAUAAGUUAUUUAACACUUGCAAUUAUUCCAUGGAAUAUGAUCUCCAUUUGCUAGAGGCAGCAAGAUUCAGAACAAGGGAAAUAACUGUGUUGUCAAGUCUUGUAAGAGUUUAACACCCUUUUUAAAAUAAGGGAGGUUAUUUAUGUAGUUUAGUAUAACUUGUGUGAAGUCACUUUUGUUUUUUUGUGUGUUAUUUUUCCAUGUAAUUAUUCAAUGAUCAGAGCAAAUAAAGCAAUAGUGUUAGGGAUCACUUGAAACAGCUCUGAUAUGUAAACGAGGUUUGGGGACGGUCCUGUGAGUGAUCAGUUUUAGUUCUGUUCUGGUUUAGUCAUUCACAUGCUGGAGAUUUAGGACUGGUCUACAAACUAUGUACUUAAUUUUAAUUUAUAAAUGGUGAGUGGAACAAAUACAAAAAUGUGCUGUAAUUUCCGAAAUCCCGCAGUGUAAAUAGGCCAUAUUUCAUUCAUAGAUACUUACGGAUUAACAGUAGAACUGUUGAUUUUACUUAAAUUUCAUGUUAAGUGACUUACAUCAGAUUUUUGUUCAGCCCGAGUAGGCUACUACAAAUAAAAAUAUUAUAGCUUUGUAAUUUUACUGUGAUGUAACUGUAACACUGUAACAAUGUUUAAACUACUAACUGACAAGUUAUUCUAGUCAACUUUUGCAUGUUGUUUGGAAAAUUACUAGACAGGGGAAGUUUUUUUGUGCUGAACUUCGAAAAGUUUAAAUUAAAUUUUUUUUUUUUUUUUUUCAAAUACUACCAUAGCCCUCCAGUAUUGACAGUUCGUAAAAUGGAAGUAUCUUUUUAGGCCAGUUUUUCUUGAAUCCAAAUUAUUAUGCUUGGUUGUGCACUGUUGAUGUAUAUGUAUCUAUUUUCUAUAUUACAGCAAACCUUGACAGCCAUAAUUGAGAAAAAAUCUAUAGCAAAGAGUGUUUUAAACAGUAUUUAUGCACGAUGGGCGGUUAUAUGUUGGGCUCAAUAAUUUCACGAGGGUGCAGCUUGAGUGAAAUUAUUUGUUUGACGUUUUACCGCCCGAGUGUAUAAAUACUGUUAAAACACAGUUUUCCUAUAAAUUAUUUCGGUUCUAAUAUGCCCUUAAUCUAAAACAGUAGAUAAAAUACAGUAGCGCUCUUUCUUGGUCGCAACAAAAACAUUGACGUCAUUUUAGCCUAAGAGUGUUUUAACAGAGAAAAGCAUAUUAGAAUAAUUAUUAAACUUGAGUAGCAUGAAUUGUUUGGUUUUAAUCCUAAGUACUAAUUAAAUAGGCAUUUCUCCAGAAUAUAUGUCAACUUUCAGCAUUUUAGGCAUUUUGAAAAUGAUUUUGUUUGUUAAGAAAAUUAAGUGAUUUAGAAAUAAAGUUAUUUAGGGAGUUUGUGGCACACUUCCUAAAAUAAAUUGUUUAUUCUGUAAAAUGUGUAGAAAGCUCCGUAACGUGUUAACCCUUAUCAUGUUGAACACGAUUGAUUCUGCCUUUGCGACCAGUGUAGCUCAUGAUCAGCCUGCACAUACAUGCAGUCUGAUCAAGAUCUGCACUGUUUGCUAUUCAGUCGUAUCUUUUUGUUAAGCACCUCUUUUAAGAGCUAAUGGUAUAGUCCAAAUUGAAAGAUAGACAAGUUCAUUAUAGGAAUUCAGCAGGAUAAGGCUAAAGUCACGCAGUAAAAAUGUGACAUAAAAUGGAAGGAAUUAUAUUUCCUACACAUAAUAGAUAAAUUUGAAUUUGUUUUGUGAUAUUUGAUUCUAAAUACACAUUGCUGUUCUUUAAAUUUUGUUCCAAAAUUUUGGUGUUCAUCAGGGUGUAUGUCCCUUUAAUCUAAAAAUGGUGUUAUAUAGAGUUUUAUUUCACUGUUAUUAUGUACAUAGCAAUGCAACAUGCAGGUGAAUAUUACAGAGUUGGUGGCUGUUGGUGUGAUGUAUAUACUUGCUGUAUUGUUACCAUGAUUUUCACUUACAUAAUGUACCAGUGAUCAUGUUUGUUUUGUAUAUGUUUUACAAUUUAUUGUGUAGUCACAGUGUUUUUGUACCAUUUCUUAAAGAGAUUUUAUAUCCUAUGUUUUGAAUUGCAAAGUCUGGUACGGUUAAUAAUACAUUUAUAGAAAGAUA